GAUGGAUGUUAUGAGAGCUCACAGCCACCAGCUCCUGCCUGCCGUUUGGGUCCUCCAGAAACCAGCACCAAGCCACCCCAAAGACUCUCUUUGCUGCCAUGGAAGGGUACUUCUCCGCCGUCCGCAAGAUGGAGCAAACAGUGCUGUUCCCCAGCCUCCUCCGAGGGGUCUCCUUGGACGAGCACGACUCUGGAUUGGAAGUGGACCUGGGUGAGAAAGACCUGUAUGCAUAUUACACGCUGCUCAAAGCCAUCAAGCAGACGGCAGAGGGAGGCCUCUUGUCUCUUGACACCCAGAAGUCGCCCGUCGUUCCCGGUCUGAAAGAACAGGAGGACAAAGGAGAAGCCGAUCUGGAAGGACUCUUUCACUAUCACGUCUCGGGCUUCUACCGUGUUCUCACGCGGCUCACCGAGAGGGCCAAGACCGUGACCUCCAGAUACAAUCAGAUCAUGGGGCAGAUCAACCACAGUGAAAUAUCUCUCCGCUGGUGAGAAACUGGAAAGGGCCACUGGAGCUGCUCUCAUCGGGUGUCUCCUCAAAUGGAUUCAUUGAAGGAAUUGUUUAACCGGCUGACACCUAGAUGACUGGAUCACCCGCCAGCCAAACGGGGUUGCGUUAACAGCAACCAGAUCUGAAGAACAUUUCAAACACUUCAGUGAAUUUAAAAAAAGCUCCCACUUGAGAGCUUCAGUUUUCCUUCCGAUGUUACUGUUGCCUGACAAGCACUUGUAAUUUAUAAAAGUAUUAAACUUUUUGUACUUGCAAGUAUAUUAUUGGCAGUGGGUGAUGAUGAGCCCUGCGAACUAAUAAAAUAUUUUGUUUUUCUUAA